UCGUCAGGAAGUAGCGGCGCGGGUAUGUGUGAAUAUUUCGCGGGAGAUCAGCAGCAGCCACAGUGACUGUUAACUGUCAACACGAACUUUAACUAUUCUCUAAAGUCAACACAAUGAGUCUGUGGGUGGACAAGUACCGACCGACGGCUCUCGGGAAACUGGACUUUCACAAGGAGCAAGCGGCUCAGCUCAGGAACCUGGUUCAAUGUGGCGACUUCCCACACUUGCUGGUGUACGGUCCAUCGGGGGCGGGGAAGAAGACCCGCAUCAUGUGUCUGCUGCGGGAGCUGUACGGAGCCGGUGUGGAGAAGCUUCGUAUAGAGCACCAGACCAUCGUGGCUCCUUCAAAGAAGAAAAUUGAGAUCAACACAAUAGCCAGCAACUAUCACUUGGAAGUCAAUCCCAGUGAUGCAGGAAACCAGGACCGUGUGGUGAUUCAGGAGCUGAUUAAAACUGUGGCCCAGUCCCAACAGAUCCAGUCGAGCACCCAGAGAGAGUUUAAAGUGGUGUUGCUAACGGAAGUGGACCGACUCACGAAGGAUGCUCAGCACGCUCUGCGUCGCACUAUGGAGAAAUACAUGUCCACCUGCCGCCUCAUCCUCUGCUCCACCUCCACCUCCAGAGUCAUUGGGCCGAUUCGGAGCCGUUGUCUGGCGAUCAGGGUUCCUCUGCCCAGCACGGAGGAGGUCUGUGGUGUUUUGACAUCAGUCUGUAAAAAGGAGGGUUUGACCCUCCCACCUGAGCUCGCCAAGCAAAUCAGUGAGAAGUCGGGUCGCAACCUCCGCAAAGCUCUCCUGAUGUGCGAGGCCUGCAGAGUGCAGCAGUAUCCGUUCUCAGUGGACCAGGAGGUCCCAGUGACGGACUGGGAGGUGUACCUCAGAGAAACAGCCAACGCCAUCGUCAGCCAGCAGAGCCCUCAGAGGUUGUUGGAGGUCCGAGCCCGACUGUACGAGCUGCUGACUCACUGCAUCCCUCCUGAGAUCAUCAUGAAGGGACUGGUGACGGAGCUGCUGAGUAACUGCGAUGGUCAGCUGAAGACCGAGGUCGCCCACAUGGCGGCUUACUACGAACACAGGCUGCAGCUGGGAAACAAAGCCAUCUACCACCUCGAGGCCUUCACUGCCAAGUUCAUGGCCAUCUACAAGAAGUUCAUGGAAGACGGUCUGGACGCCAUGAUGUUUUGACUCUGGACUUUAUUACUGUUACUUAUCUUCAAGUUGGAGAUUAACGGCACUCACAGUUUAUUUGUUUCCUCUUUGAUUACACAAGAAGAAUAUCAGCGGACAGAUUUACAUGUGUGUUCUGUGAGGGCACUGUGGCGACCCCAGUUUGUGGCUUUAUGCCCAAAAAUAUAGCACUGGACAGUUUGUAAUCCUUCCCUCUAGUGGUGUGAAAUACGGAUCAUACGUUAGAUACGUAGCCAAAGAGAGAAGCUUUGAUAGUGACUGUAGGCAGGAAACAAUCUGCAUUAAAAACAUACUGCAAGGACAAGAAAUAUCCUCUGAACAGUCGACACUAGAAGAUUUACAGUGAAAUGAUUUGGUUCCUACGUGUAAAAGGUCUGAUGUUGCUCUGUGCAGUAAACAUGAAACCAUCAACUGUAUUUCUUUACUUCAUCCUCAUUGACCAUCACUCCUGUUGAGUGUUACAGAACAUGACACUGCCCUCGAUAGGUGUCAGGAUGAGAAACAGUCAGGAAACAUGAGGGGGGGGGGGGAGUGACAGGGAUUUGAUGUGACAGUUUUGAGUGAGUUUAAUUUUAUUAAGGGUUUAAUCCUUUGCGAUCUAAUUCACCCAAAACUGUUGUCAGUGUUUAUUUCUUCUUCUAGUUCAAGCAUGUUUAUCAUCGUCAGUUGAGCAGAAACAACAGAAACAAAUAAUAAUAAAUAAAAGUCUGUGACUGGGGCAGCAUGAUAGUAAAAAAAAAAAGGCCCUGAACGAUUGACCGUUAACUCCGACCAGCAUGAACUCCCCUUCAACUAAAUGUUUUGAAAAGUCCUUCCUGCGAUUCACACCAUCAACUGGGGUUGAUCAUUCUUGUGGUAGUUAAACCUGGAUAAUAAAUAAUGUUAAAUUGC